AUGAGUAACAAGCUUUGGGAGUGUUUCAUUCAAGAUGAUGUCGAGCGGUUCCAGCGGUGUCUGGCGAACGCGACGUUCGCGGGGCCACGAGCUGUAGGGGGCUCCGGAGGGACCUCCAGAGCUGCGACAAACCUCCCAUCGAAGGCUGGAAGUCCCGGGUCCAUGAUUGCUUCAUCUCCGAAUACACCAAGAAGUAAGAAAAUCCUAGAAUCAUCAUCUGGAACCUCUGUGCCUGACCGGGCGGCUCUCCCGGGCGGGAGCGCGACUUUGUCGCGUGCCGACAUUAAUGCGCGUGAUCACUACGGCCGUACACUGCUGCAUCAUGUCGCUUCGUCCUCGAAACCUACCGCCUUCAAGUUCGCACGCGCUUUGUUGAAAGUUCCGUUUGUCGAUAUAUAUGCGCAGGACUGGGAGAGUGGAUGGACAGCUUUGCAUCGUGCUCUUUACGCCGGGAACGCCACAAUUGCCCUGGCGCUCAUGGCGCGCGACUUGCAGGAUAUGACGGAUUUCAGUAAAGGUGGUAAUGCGAGCCAUCCGAGUGGUGGCCUGAUCAAGAUCAAGGACCGUGAGGGUUGCAGUCCCUUUGACGUCUUCGGCGCGACUAUCAGAGCCCGUGAUAUUAAGCAUCUCUCUGAGGACUGGCCGAACUCAGAUCUUGAUGAUGAUAUUUUGGGCAGCGAUGCUGCUUCAAAUGCUGCCUCAAUCUUCGGCGAUGAUAGGGAAGAUGGACCAUACGCUCUCAGGAGUGUCAUAAAAGGGGCCGUGGAUAUUUCUGCCGAUGAAGUUUUCACACUGGGAAGCAACAAAAACCUCAACCUUGGUUUAGGAGAUCAGGAUGAUAGACAGUUUCCCGAGCGCAUCUCAUUGCAGCGUCCCGAACAUCUUUUGCAUCGAUUUUACCGUGAAUACCAAGAAAACUUGGAACACCAAGGGAUUGAGGAUAGCGUCCCCGAGGGUAAAUCGACCGAGCUGCCCAUUUUGAUCACAAACAAGCCAAUGAAGUUUCGAGACAUCAUCAUGUCCAAACUGCAUACUGCCAUAAUCACAGAUGACCCCGAGGCUAAUCUGUUCAUGUGUGGGUUUGGACCUGGAGGACGACUAGGAACAGGGGAUGAGUCAACACGGUUCACCUUUGUUUGUAUUGAAACGGGUGGACUAGAGGGAAAGAAAGUCGUAUCGGCGGCUUUGGGUCAGGACCAUAGCCUGGCAAUCACCGAGCAGGGUGAGAUUUUCAGCUGGGGAAGCAACAAGUUCGGACAACUUGGCUAUGGUCUGCCCAGGACAAGCAACAAAAACGACGUUCCUAUCCAGACGACUCCCCGCCAGAUCUUCAACCCGUUCAAGAAAGAAACGAUCGUAGGCGCAGCAGCGUCAUCUAUCCACUCUGUGGUCUUCAGUACGUCAGGUCUCUACACGUUUGGCAAGAACGAAGGUCAGCUUGGCUUGGUCGAUUCCGAUGCACGCUCGCUGGAGAUACAAACAACACCGCGGCGCGUUGGAGCAUCCCUUUUCAAUUGUCCCAUCAAGAUGGUGUCCGCCAUUGACCGUGCUACAUCAGUGCUUCUGCAAAACCAUGAAGUCUGGGUCUUCUCAUCAUAUGGCUAUUCAAAGCUCUCGUUCCCACUGGAGGUGAGCUCCAGAUUCAUCAGGGAUAGCUUCAUGGUAACCCGAUACGACAAGACUGCGAAUCGUGUCGUCAAGAUUGUAUGCGGAGGCAACACCAUAUGUGCAUUAUCCAGCUCUGGUGAUGUGUUCACCGUUCAAGUCAAUCAGUCCGAUAGUUCAUCGGCUUUGACGUCCACGACCAACCCUGCAAAGAUUCGGAAUUCGUUAGCCACACCUGUUCGAGCAUGGUCCGUUAAGAAAUCAGACAUGGCAGUGAGUGACGUUGAUGUUGGACAAGACGGUUCGAUUAUUAUUUGUACAACAUCUGGAUCAGCGUGGAGAAAAGAGCGGCGGACAAAGAAUAAGGAGGGAGCCUCGAAAGACUACAAAUUUGCCCGCAUACCUGGUCUCUCCCGGGCAGUGGCAGUGCGUAGCAAUGCUUUUGGGGCCUACGCUGUCGCUCAACGUGACUGCGAAGUGACCAGAGAACAAAUCCAUGUCGAGCAAAGCAGCCUUUGGGAGGAUAUGUUGCCACUGUCUCCAUUUUCAGUCCCAGGCAUGGAAGAGUUGGACUCGAUCCUCGAAGAUGACGCUCAGGAUAUGCCUCUUGUACUGUCAUCCGGAAAAAGUAUCCAAAGAGCAAUACUUUCGUCUUCGAACAUGGAAAGCCAAUUUCUUUCUGUGUGGACUGAGGGGACUGUUUGGCUGACCAGCUCCCUAUCUGACUCGUGUAUUCCUGUUCAUGAGUUUCUCAUAUCUGGUCGUAGUCCCAUGUUGGGAAAGGCAUUGGCUGAAUUUCGGCAGUCCCUUUCUUCGUCCAUCCCAGAUAUUCUUGAUAUAGGAUAUGGGAAGGAUGGACAUCCUCAGAUCCGCCUCCAAGGUGUUGAUUUCUUGACCGUUAUGAAUGUGGUCUUUUUCCUUUACACGGAUGGAAUUCUUGAUGUCUGGCGCCUGGCAAGGAGUUCGCCCGCAAACUCGGCCCGUUUCCGGCAGGUUCGCACUGAAGUUAUGCGGGUUUCUAUGCAACUAGGUCUGCCAGCGCUCGAGCGGGCAGCGCGGCUGAUGGUCGAGCCGCAAAGAAGCCUAAAAACAGAUAUGGCUCAUGCCAUCAACCACUCAUUCAUGUUCGAUAGCGCAGACGUGACUGUGCAGCUUAACGGCGAUACAAUCAAAGUGCACAGCCAAAUUGUGUGUCAGAGAUGUCCGUUCUUUGACACUCUUUUCCAUGGUUAUGCGGGGGGAAGAUGGCUAGUCUCUCGCAAAAUGGAUCCAAACCAGAGUCUACAUGUCGACUUGAAGCACAUUGAUCGCUCGACAUUUGAAUUUGUCCUGCGUUACCUUUACGCCGAUACAGAAGAACGGCUCUUUGAUGAAGUCCGGAUCAAAGAUCUUGAUGAUUUCAUUGACUUGCUUCUGGAUGUGAUGUUUGUGGCAAAUGAGCUAAUGAUCGACCGACUGUCUCAGGUGUGUCAGAAGAUGCUUGGUCGAUUCGUUACAACGCGCAACGUAUGCUAUUUGCUCAAUUCUAUUGCCCCUUGCUGUGUCACAGAGUUCAAGGAUGCCGCUCUGGAAUACAUCUGUCUCAAUCUCGAGGCGAUGCUCGCCAAUAGAUAUCUUGAAGAUUUGGAUCCUACUCUGCUUUGGGAGUUGGAUCUGAUCUGUCGCGAGAAUCAGCUAGCAUGCUGGCCCAUCUCCCGUGGGCGAAAUUCCGAGGAGUAUGUCUUCGAGAAAUACCCCGAAAUCGUCAGCUCUGUGGAGGCAGAUAAGCAACGAAGGAUCGAUGCCAUGACUUUGCAGUCCCGUUUUGGUCGUCUCGAGCCUUGUGAUGCGGGAGCCCGGUCAACACCCAACGAAAAGGCCAUUCUAUCUCCGUUUGUGCGCAAAGCGAAGACCAGUGUAUCCGGAGGAUCACCAAAUGUUGGUAGUAGCCCAACUCUGAAGCCGAGGGAUUCGGUUGGGGAUCUAAUGUUUCAAAUGGACGAUGAGACCUUCAUGUCGCCGAGUGCGUCGAAAGGCAAGGGCGCCAUGCGUGGGCUGAGAUUCACAGAAGGUAUACCUGAAGACCGAUCAUACCCUGGCUCCUCAGCUUUGGGGGCAAGUAUCCCAGAGGCCGAGUCCUUCGGCGAUCGUUUUGACUUGAAGGAUCAAAUGUCUUCCCCGCAAGACCCGCUACUGGCACAGUCCCCAUCUGAAUCCAGGGCAAUAAUCAGAAACCAAAAACAAGCUCUGGCCUCAUCCUCUAAACCCUCUUCUGCGCCAUGGACUUCGCCAAUGAUUUCGAGUUCCAAGAAGGAUAUCAAAGAAAUCAUGGGAGAAGCAUUACAGUCUCGGGUAUCAAACCUCACGCUGGGCAUGGUAGAUCGACGCGAAAGCAGUGGUAAUUUUGUGCCCAAGAUGUCCCAAAAAGAGCGAAAGAAGAUCCAGCAACAAAAGAUACAAGAUCAGCUGGCUGCCCAGCAGAAGGCGAAGGAUGUACCGCAGAACCCCUGGCAGAAACCAGCAGCUUCCUCUCCAACCUCGCUCCCUCAAUUUGGCCCUCUGCCAGGUCAAAUCGCCCCGGCUUCUGGGGCCGUUAAAGCUUCACCUCAAAGGCCCAUGACUAUGCGGCAGACUGUGGCCGGCACGCCACAGCCAAAGUCCGAAACAGUGGCUACACCGAUGCAAACACAACGCCGCAGUGUGUCAGGCAAUUUACAGCUCUCUUCGCAUUCAAAAUCUUCCACAAUGGGACCUUCGACAGCGACAUAUAACAAUCAACCAACAUCGCCACAGCCAGCCAUCCAGUCAAUUCGUCACAUCCCACGACCUGACCUAGCAGGGUCACGAUCUCCAUCCUCUGGCUCGUACUCUUUAUCGGCUAUUUUGCUCCAGCAACAGACCGAAAAGGAAGCAAUCCGCGAAGCAGCCACAGCCAAGCAUAAAAUGCAAGAGAUCCAGGCUGAGCAGGAGUUCCAGCAAUGGUGGGAUCAAGAAAGCAAGCGUGUACAAGGACUGGUAGAUCCCGAGCCAAGUGAACCUCGCCCAGGAAAGGGCGGACGAGGGGGCAAGGUGCCUGGCGCUACCGGUGGCCCUCGCAAGCGUCGAGGCACCAAGAAUACCGGUGAUGGACCUGCUCCCCAAGAUCAUCGACGCGUAUCGGCUCCAAGCUCCGGGCACACAACACUUAAAACGAAUCAGAGUGGCCAGGCUUCAAGCCAGUCUCGAAAAGUCCCAAACAAAAAUCGUGCUGGAGGUAUUGCUGGGAAUGCUAAUGGUCGUCGUGGAGGCGGUAAGCAGUGCGGUAAGGACAAGCACGACGCAUAA